CGUUAAAGUUAGCUUCCAACAUUACUAGCUAACUAACUAGCUAAUUAUCUCCAAAAUGGCGGAUGGUAUAUCUUUCCGUUAAUGUAUGCAUUUGAUUUUUUAAAAUCUAUCAUGAAAGUAUUAUCAUAAAAUCAAGUGUAUUAAGUUGUCUUUUGAUUCAAAAUUACGUGUGCGAGUGAGUCUACACCCACUGACAGGUGUGUGACAUGCGCACACACAGCCAGCAGCAGCAGCAGCAGCAGCGAGCGACCCGCUGUCCCGACACCGACACACCGUGAGAACACAGACCGACAGACGAGCGAGCAGCCGCGGGGAUGUAAAUGAGACAGACUCGGUCUCAGCGGGGACGGAGGUGGACGGUUCGUCAGAGAAUGCAACAGCAAGCGAGGAAACCGUUUGCGUUAGCUUACGAUUAGGAUCGACCGGCGGACUGCGUUAAACAUCCUCCGGCCGGGCAGCAUGCCUCCUCCUCCUCAGAGCCUUCAAUCCAGCGGGCUGACUCUCUCUGAGACAAGCAUGGGCUCCUUCAAGAGGAGGAAGAGGAAAUCCAUAAUAGUGACAGUGUUGCUGCUCAUCGUCUCUGUGCUCAUCCUCAUCUUCGGCCUGGCGGCGACAACCAGGACGCAGAACAUCACAGUGGGCGGCUACUACCCAGGAGUCAUUCUGGGCUUUGGCUCUUUUCUGGGAAUUAUCGGCGCUCACUUGAUAGAGAACAAGAGGCAGAUGCUGGUGGCGUCGAUCGUCUUCAUCAGUUUCGGAGUGGUGGCGGCCUUCUGCUGCGCCAUCGUCGAUGGAGUCUUCGCUGCGAGGCACAUCGACCUCAGGCCUCUGUACGCUGGUCGUUGUGCGUAUCACUCGAGUGAGACUGCGUCUGACCGCGAUGUGCCCUGUCAGACGUCAUCGCGCUCGUCCUGUAACCUUCGUGUGAAGAGCAACACCUGUUACUGCUGCGAACUCUACAACUGUGGGAAAGAACAUCCUCUUAUGGGACUUCAGAAUAAAGAUGUUUUGAAAAAGUUUAGGAAAUCAUCCAUGAUUUGGAAGGCUAGCCGUGUCGAGGUGAUUGGAGGCUACCAUGAGUACACGGAUGUGAAGAGCUGCCAGGACGUGGUGCACCUCUACCACCUGCUGUGGUCCGCCACCAUCCUCAACAUCGUGGCCCUCUUUCUGGGCAUCAUCACUGCUGCAGUGCUGGGAGGCUUCAAGGACAUGACUCCCUCGACUGCCUCAGAGAGCUCGUCUGAACCAGAGGCCCUCACAGCUCCGGCCCCCUCAGAGCCGCCUCCACCCACCACGUCAGUCAACUCGUAUUACAACACUGCCCCCUGCCUGCCGCCGUACACUGCCUACGACCUGCAGGGCUCCUACAUGUUCCCCGACCCUGCAGGCCUGUCGGAUGACUCUCAGUCUGGAGCCAGCCACCUGUGGCCCACGAUGAUCCCUCCACGCUACUCUCCUCCUCACAACCACCCCGACGAGAAGCCCCCACCCUACAGCCCGUAACACGCCUUCUUCAGCACAGAGGGCGCCUGAAACGUUAGCGGGUGCUGUUGGAUGCCGAUCGAGUGGUUUGAAUGCACGGCUCCUCUGGGCUCUUCCUCACGACCGUUGAGAACUGUGACGAAGGAGAGGUGGUGAGGAAGAGGAGGAGGAGGAGAAGGAUGGCCACAGAGCAUGCUAACUUUGAGUUCAGCCCGUCACAAGAGGAGCGAAUGUUUUGUCUCCCCGGGCACCGCUCACACUCAUGCCUGCAGUGUGUGUGUCACAUCAAGAGAGAGACAACCGAUUCAAAGCCAGGACUGUUUACACAUCGAUCUGCCUUAAAGCAAACGGACUCCCAGUGCCGCAGCACCUGGACUUCUCCUCUCCUCCGGCUCAUGCUCCGUGUUCACCUCUCUUUAGUACAAACUGUAAACGCUUCCCGCCUCGAGCGGUACAGGUGAGCUGCCAGCCUCCCGUGAGAUCAAUGCAGAGUUAGAUGAAAGCUUUGGUGUAUAUCCCAGAUCCCAAUAAGCUAGAAAAUUCAAAUCGGUAGCGUCGUCAGCCCAAGCAGUCGUUUGUUUAGCAGGCAGUAGUUUCACCGUACGUUAUUAAAGGCAAAGUUAGUAGUACUGGAGGUGUUACAUGCUUAUAAUGUAUGUACAGCAGUAUGAUAUACAGUUAACAGUUAAGCCUAAGGUAUAGAUCAUGGUAUCUACUUAUCAACUCUUCAGUUUAUCUCGAUCAGUGUGUGGUGAACUUUGCAGAGCAGUGUUAAUGAAGAAGUAAGCUAUUCUGCAGUAGUUGUUGAGUCAGGGCAGUUUAACAAUUACACUCCAAACCCUAUUUAUUGUAUUUUCACUGAAAGCUGCAAAGGCAGGUAUGCAUAUAUUGUCUCUCUCUCUCUCUCUUUCUCUUUGUAAGUAGUAGUAAAAUCACAUCUAUAAGUUGGAUCGUGUUGUCUUUGUCAGGAAUAAACACUGAGUGUGAACAGUCAGUGCUGGAUUCACUGACAAGAGAUGGAAGAUGACAAAAACUGAAGAAAAAAAAAGAAUAAGACUUGUUGUUCACUGAGGAGGAGGGUAAACUGGUCACUGUCAGCUUUAACCACUGCUUUUUAUAAGUUAAACAACACAUUCUCAGGGGCUGAUUGUCAGUUCCUUUUUGUCUUGCCAUUAAAAAUGUGUUUUGUGUAAUUCAAA